AUGAAAUUUGCUAGAAAAGAAGCUAAUUUACAGCUGUAUUCUGCAGAGGAUGAACUGUGUGAUGCAAAAACCAAAGUUAUGGAACUUCAAGUAAUCAAUGACAAACAUCAGCAAAAAGCAUCAGAGAUUGAGAAAUUAGUUCAAAGUGAUCAGUGGCAGCUUCAAGCAGAGCAACAAAGAUGUGCAGUGGAGAAGGAUAACAUCCACAGAGUACACCUUGCUGAGCUAGAAUUCCUCAUUAGAGAAAAAGCUGAAGCAGAAAUGGCUUUUCAGAAAACUAAUGCUGCUCUGCAAAGCAUUGCCAAGAAGCUGAAGGACAUGGAGGCAGAGCACAAUGGCUGCGCCAAGGUGCUGAGGCUCCAGGCCAGCUCUCUGGAAAUCAAGAACAAACGGCAGGAGAGGCUCCUCAAAGAACUGGAGGCAGCUGCAGUGAAAAUAAAGGAACUGGAGGAUGAUGCUGCAGCAGCAAGACUAGCACAUGUAGAAUGUAAAUACACAACAGAUGUCAUGCAGUUGAGAAUUCAAGAACUCGAAGACGUUUUGAAUGAAGAUCAGCUCGGCAGAAGACAAGCUUUGCCAGAAGGGGUAGCAAGGGAAGAUUUCAGAGAGCCAGUAAAUGCUCUUGAGACAGGAAAAAAAGCUUCACCAAGACAGCAUAUAACCUACGGUAUGGAAUGGAAAGACAAGGUUGAGGCCAUGAGGAGAGCUCAAGAUCCCAAUGCCACAAUAGCGGUUCCUCCAGACAGCUUCAGCCUGCAUGAAGGCUCAAUAAGGGAGAUGUCCAUCCUCCUGAACUUAUACCAGACCCUGGCAAACGCCCAGGUGCUUUCCAGACAGACAAACGUCCCCCUGGAAGAAUUACCUUGGACAGAGCUUUGUGCGCUCUUGCAUGAGAAUGUUGAAGCCCUGGUCUCGAACUUCAACAAGGCUAAGCAGAGGAUAUCUCACCUAGAAUAUAUGUGCAAGCACAAGACUGAAACUAUGAACAACCUUCAGCAGAACCAGGAGGAUGCUUUGGAGAAAAUGUCUGAACAGUUAAAAGCACAGGAACACUGGUCGCAGAAAGAAAAGCAAUAUCUUGAACAGCAGUACUCAAACGCCCUUGCAGAAAUUCAUGCAAGAUCACAGGAAUGUGAAGAAACGGUGCAGAAAAACAGGCAAAACCUCUAUGGCCUUGAACAACUCUCUGACAAACUGGCCCAGGAAAACAAUACCUUGAAAAAUUCAUUAUUAGAUGCUUUCAAGGCACGCUCAUUCCUGCUGGCAGCCUCUGCACUGCUAUCAGGGGCCCUGUGCUCUCUCUACGGCCGACUGUGCGCCAUGUCUUGCCAAAGAGACAUUCUCCAGGAACAGGUGAACCAGCAACAACUAUUGAACCACAAGAUCGUCAGCCUCCUUUAUGCUCUCCCUGCUGUCAUGGAAAGAAACCAGGACGAAGUCAGGACAAGGCAAAGAAGAGCCAAGAAGCUGGCUUAUGUGUUCCGAAGAGCUGUGAUUGUAGCUCUGGCUGCCAACAGGCUGAGGGGUCUGGCCCGAUAUUCUUGUACCUUUUUUGUCUGGUCAGACGGAUGCAGAGGAAGCCCUGGAAUUCAAGUUUGUCUGGGAGAAUCCAGAGGCAGGCAUCCUGUGACACGUUUUGGAGAGGAAGGAGUUGACUGUAUUGAAGCAAUUAACUGGUUGUGUAGCUCUAACCUCUAUACUGCAAUGAUCAAUUCUAUCUCAGAUCUGGAGGGUGUUCUCAACAACCAAGAUUCAGAGCUGUGGCUUUCUAGUAACUCGCUGAUCGGCACAGCCAGGAACUGCUUUGCAAAACUGAUGGACAACCUGAGUGUUCUGAUGGAGACAGUUCAAGGGAACACUCGUGGGUGCAGAGCCUUCCUGGAGAGGGACUCCCUGAUAGACAGGCUGGCUCGUGGGCUCCGCAGACUAAAUGCCCAGGCCCUGGAAGCUGGAUUGCAUGACAGACUGCCCAGCACAAGAAACAUAGCAACUUUGCAGCAAGAAAUAUUUGCAUUUUCACGAAGGCUUCAUGCAGCAGAAGUAGAGUCCCGCUCACUGUACCUGCAGCUUCAAGAAUGCAGAUGGGCUUUCAACAAGAUGCAAAAGGAUGCUGAAAAAACCCACAGACUGCAGACCCAAUUAAGUGAAGUUCAGCAAGUAAGUCACAUCAACAAAGACAAUAUACAGGAGGAGUUACAAAACGCUUUACAGCGUGAGCAUGAGGCACAAUUGCUUUUACAAAAGCACCACCAACGGAUUCAGGAGCUGAGUAAUAGACUGGAAUCACAAGCAUUUUCUGAGCUAAGUAAAAGCCAAGUAUCUCCGACGGGCCUCCCUGAUGCAGCAGAGGAGCUGAAGAAAAGAGACCAAGCUCUAGAUCAACAGGAGAAACUCCUGAAAGAAAUGGAGCAGGACCAGAAGCGGCUGUGGGAUACUCUCGAGGAGGCCGAACGUGCCCUUGAUCAGGGAAUAAAAGACAAAGAGUUAAUCAUUGGUCAAAUGAAAGCUGUGGAAGCUGCCCUGAAUAAGGCCAAAGAGCAGGCUGCGGCAUCAAGUGCUGAAGCAGCCGCACCACUCCCCAGCCUGCAGCUGCAGACCCUUCCAGAGGAAGCAACGGCGGGCAGGCCAGAGGCUGCCUCAUUACAGAAUGUGGUUAGAAGUUUUGAGGAUCUCUACUCACUGGCAGCUUCCAAAAUUGAUGUAUUAAGAGCAGGAAGAGACUCUUCAGGCUCUACCUAUGGAUCCUUAACAGCUGUUGGGAGUCGUUCUGCUGAGGAAUCCUCGCAAAUUGACUUUGCACCUGGACCAGCUACUUCAUCUCCUAUUCCUAUUACUCCUCCUGCUCCUGCAGGUAAUUUUCAGCCUUCAAUUUCAUCCCACGCAGCCAGUACACCUGCUACUCCUACUUCUCCUGAUGAAUCAUUUCAGCUUGUCUUCGUACCCCAAGGAACCAUUUCACCUCGUACUCCUGAUCCUAAUGAUAUAUUUCAGGUGAGCUUUGGACCCAGAGCACCCCGUACACCUGCUACUUCUACUCCUGCUGCACAGCGGAGAGUGCCUAGACACAGAGUCCACACUGUGUCUGGAACCAACGUACCCCCCUUUGUGCUACCAGCCAGACCCUACAGUGCAUCUGACACCAACAUCCCCUCCAGUGCGAUGCCACGUCGAACAGGUUUUGGGUCAUCAAUGGAACCAGCCAUCAACCUGAUUCCAACCAGAUCCAAUAUUGGGCCAUCCAUGGAUGCAUCCUCCCACACGAGACAAAACAGAGCUUUUACCAUGCCCUCAAGCAACACGCCCUCCCACCUGACAGGAAACAGAGCUGGUAUUGGGUCUUCAUCCUUCAGUUUCAGACCACGCAGAACCAGUUCUUUGCCUUCAGUAGCUCCUUUCAGGCGGGAUGUGAUACCCAGCACUAGAAGAAAUAAGGAAAUUUAA